UUUCAAAUCAGGGAAUCAGUUUUAAAUUUCAGCAAAAUGAAAAGUCAUAUUUUGGAGGAGGAGUUUGUCAUACCAAAAUUUCCCCUGCUGCCCGUGCCACUCAUCAAGUAUGAAACAAUACACAAUUUGGACUGCAACAGGGAUCUGAGAGUGAGUUUGCCACAAGCCAUGGUAAAAGUGAAGAAUGCUGCAGGAGGCGAUGGUCCAAAGGCACCAACUGCUGGCACUCGGCUGUUUCAAAGCAUUGGAGCGGAAGAGGCAUCGUCGGAGCCAGAGGAAAUCAAAUACAAAUGGAGCUCGCCGCGUCUGAUGAUCCUUUGCGAGGAUGGGGACAUUAAUUGUGCGUUGCACUAUCUGAUGGAGUCCAUUCACGAUCCGUUUGCGCCCAAUGCGGUGGCCACGCUGCUGCUGCAGGAGUCCAUGCUGGAGGAGUUUGUGGAACGACUGCAGGAUCGCUUGCAGGAGCUGCGCCCCGAGAUAGCCAAUCAUCCUGUGUACCUGACAACUCUGUCCAGAGUCGAACAACUAAAGGCCAACACGAUUGUGUCCUCCGCGGAGACGGUUCCCCGGAAUGCCUCGCCCAUGAUGGUCUUUGAUUUCAGUCACAAUUACCUUGGGGAUGGACCCACAGGGGUCAUCACCCUGCACACCUUUCGCACCAUCAAGGACGCCCUUCAGCUGCAGGCGCGGGAGCCGCUGUCCUUCACUUCGGUGAGCAUUUGGAAUGAGAAGCUGGGAGCCGCCUACGAGCUGGUGGCACGCCUCAAUUUCGAGAUCUUUCUGCUCAACUGCUUCUACGUGAAUCUGGAUCCCAUCGGGCCGGCAUUUGUGAGCAACAUGAACUCUGCGAAGGUCUCCCAGGACUACCACUACGAAUCGCUGACAUUCAACAAGAAGCGCAAGGUGGUUGUCCAUCCAGUGGCCACCACCUGGGGCCAGAAGGCCAAGGAGUUGCAGCCGCCACAGCCGCGAUCUUUCAAUGUGGUCUUACUGUAGAGAGCACCGAAUCCUCCCCCAUCCCUACUCUGGGGGUCACUCAACUCUGAAAAGUUUCUCUAGCAAAGUUUCCCCACACCCCCCCCAAAAAAAAGCAGCAGACUAAUUGAGUUUCCGGCUGCUUGGGCAGCAGCUCCAUUAGCAAUUUGAUUGCCCAAAUAAGUUUCUAGGGAAAUUCAACAGGCGGCUGGCUCGCUCUUUUGGAAGAAUAAUCAAUAG